GGACAUAUUGAGACCAUCUUUGAUUGCAAAUUCAAACCUGAUAACCCUGAUCUUCUUGCUACAGCUUCAUUUGAUGGCACAAUAAAAGUUUGGGACAUAAAUACUUUAACAGCGGUUUACACAUCUCCUGGUAAUGAGGGGGUUAUUUAUUCCCUUUCUUGGGCUCCAGGAGAUCUGAACUGCAUAGCAGGUGCAACGUCCAGAAAUGGUGGCUUCAUCUGGGAUGUCCCAAAAGGCAAAAUGAUAACCAGAUUCAGUGAGCAUGGAAAGAAUGGAAUCUUCUGCAUUGCCUGGAGUCAUAAAGAUUCCAAAAGAAUAGCAACCUGCAGCAGUGAUGGAUUUUGUAUUAUUCGAACCAUUGAUGGCAGGGUUCUUCACAAGUACAAACAUCCAGCUGCAGUGUUCGGCUGUGACUGGAGUCAAAACAACAAAGAUAUGAUAGCUACUGGUUGUGAGGAUAAAAAUGUUCGUGUUUACUACUUGGCAACCAGCUCAGAUCAACCACUGAAAGUUUUUACAGGGCAUACUGCAAAGGUGUUUCAUGUACGGUGGUCUCCCCUGAGAGAAGGAAUCCUCUGCAGUGGCUCUGAUGAUGGUACUGUUCGAAUAUGGGAUUAUACACAGGAUGCUUGUAUAAAUGUUCUUAGUGGACAUACAGCUCCAGUACGGGGACUGAUGUGGAAUCAUGAAAUUCCUUACCUUCUAAUAUCUGGCAGUUGGGACUAUACAAUUCGAGUCUGGGACACAAGAGAUGGAACAUGUUUGGACACAGUUUUUGAUCAUGGUGCAGAUGUAUAUGGAUUAACUUGUCAUCCUAGUCGUCCAUUUACUAUGGCGUCUUGCUCUCGUGACUCCACUGUGAGACUCUGGUCAUUGACUCCUCUUAUAAACCCUCUACAAAUAAAUAUCUUAGCGGAUAGAUGUUGGGAUGAGAUUAUCGGUAAUACAGAUCGUGCUGUGGAAUCUGGUGCUCCUCCUUUGCUGUGUGGAAAAGCUUCCAGGGAUAUUAAACAAGAAGUGGAAAAAUUGACAGGAAAUCCUAAAGGAAAAAAAUUAAGGUGGUUUUCAGAAUGUUUUUCAGCUCCAGGAGGCAGCAAAAAUUUAUGGGAUUUAGUUGCUGUAAUAAAAGGACAGGAUGAUAGUUUGCUUCCACAAAACUAUUGCAAAGGAAUUAUGCAUAUGAAACAUCUCACUAGAUUUAGAAUGUCCAAGGCACAAGAACUGACGACAGUAAAAAUGUCCAAGUUUGGAGGUGGUAUUGGUGCACCGAGCAAAGAGGAGAGGCUUAAAGAAGCUGCAGAAAUACAUUUAAGAUUAGGACAAAUUCAGCGAUACUGUGAACUAAUGGUAGAACUUGGAGAGUGGGACAAAGCUCUCUCAGUUGCACCUGGUGUAUCGAUGAAAUAUUGGAGGAAGUUAAUGCAAAGGAGAGCUGAUCAGUUAAUUCAGGAGGAAAAUGAUGAUGUCAUCCCAUACUGUAUAGCUAUUGGAGAUGUGAAGAAACUUGUUUCUUUCUUUACUUCAAGAGGCCAGCUUAAAGAGGCCUUGCUUGUUGCACAGGCAGCUUGUGAGGGAAAUAUACAAAAGUCACCACUCUCCACAACAACUGGAUCUUCAAAUUCUGGUGGAAACAAUACAGAUGACUACAAUGAGCUGCUGCACAAGGUCAGUAAAGAACUGGCAGAAUGGUAUUUCCAGGAUGGCCAUGCAGUGCUUGCAGCAUGUUGCCAUCUAGCUGUUGAAAAUAUAGAGCUUGCGAUGGCAAACCUGAUUCGUGGAAACGAACUGGAGUUGGCAAUCAGUGUGGGUACUGUCUUAGGAGAAAGUGCAGCACAAGCAACACAUUAUGCCCUAGAAUUACUAGCAAGAAAAUGUAUGACAGUAACAACAUG